AUGGCACAAAUGGCACAUGGCUGGGUGCUGAAUGGAUACGCAAAGCUUCUGGCCAGGGAGGCUAACGAUGCAACCGACAGCUCAGUCAGAAUGUUCAUAAUUCCUUCAUACACAGCUUCAUUGUGGGAUGCAGGAAUGUACAAAACCUACUUGUUCAAAAGGGUAGAUUUUUCACUCUACGAUUUGAUUGUGGUUCCAUGGAACAAGAAUGGUAAUCACUGGGUAGUGCUUGUGGCUCGUACGAAGGAUUUUACUGUGUCAGUGUACGACUCUCUAAAUGCAGACAACAGCCUCCUUAUUGAUAGAUUCUGCCUGUUCAUGAGUGAAAGAUCAAAGAUUGUAAAUGGUGGCUUUGACCAGUGGUUAAGUGUUCAACCUCCCACCAAUAAGCAGAGUGAUGGAUCUAGUUGUGGUGUAUUUGUGUUGAUGACACUCGAGUGCCUAGUGAAUGGAAAGCCUUCUUUGAUUCUGCGCCAGGUACAUGUGCUAAUGUUUCGAAGGUAUGUGAAGGACAGGCUACUUGCUAAAGGGAUACGCAGCACACACUUAUGUGAUUCACUAACAUGCAAGGACCCAAGAGGUGAAGGGUCAUGUGUGAUGUAUGCUCCAGGUGGCUGCGUAAGGCUUGUUCACCCAAGACAGUGGAGGAAAAUGAACAUUAUCGUUGUGAAGUUUGUGAUGCGCAAUACAGUUAAACUUGUACUUGUCCUUGUCACAGUACUUUCACAUUUAUGUGUAGACAUGUGA